AUGGCCAUCUCAUCCACCAUCCCCCGCGGCGACGUCACCGCAACCCUCAACUUCUACCAACCCCCUUCCGACGCCUCAACCCCCUUCAACUACGUUGACCAGCCUCCCAAGGGUCAGCCCCAGCGCAACUUCUCCGACAACCCCCAGCCCACCGUCAUCCACGAUGUUCGCGGCCGUGAGACCGACUUUCAUCUCGACCAAGACGCUUUCCAGGUCAUCAGGAACGUCCCCGAGUCCAGUGAGGCCGAGUUUGUUGACGACGACUCUAUCAAGGCAAACUACUAUCCAGAGGUUGAGCAGCUACUCCUUGAUAAUGUCCCUGGGUCAAACCGCGUCUUCAUCUUUGACCACACCAUCCGCCGUCAGAAGCCAGACGCUCAUCGAGCUCCCGUAACUCGUGUGCACAUCGACCAGACCGCAGCGGCCGUCGCUCAGCGAGUCCGUCGGUACUUCCCCGAUGAGGCAGACGAUCUUCUCCAGCGUCGAUACCGCCUCAUCAACGUCUGGCGGCCCCUGAACAAGGCUCCCCUCGAAGCGUUCCCACUGGCCGUGGCGUCUUCUGCCUCGGUUCCGGACAAGGACGUUGUUCCCGUCGAGCACCGGUAUCCCGAUGGUUAUCAAGGCUGGACUGCCGCUAUCCAUCACAACCCAAACCAGAAGUGGUAUUACCUCAGCGGCAUGACGGGUAGUGAGAGACUACUGCUUGAGUGCUUCGACAGUGAAUCUCUAAAGCCCGGGUCCAACAUCGGUGGCCGUGUUCCUCACACUGCAUUCCAGGAUCCAAGAACCAGGUCCGAUGCCGAGGGUCGUGAGAGCAUCGAGAUCCGGGCCUUGGUAUUUGGACCCUGA